ACGUGUGAGUCGAUGUGGAGGCCCCGCCUUUCCGGAGGUUCCUGCCAAUCAGCUCUCGGGCCUGCCCAUCGCCUCGCUCCCCCCUCGCGCCAGUCCAGCCGCGCGAUAACCUUUGCCCUUUGUCCCUUAGGGAUGCCCUUUGCGCCGUUGCCAAGAUGGCGCUGUCCAGGCUGGGCUGUUGCCGGGGCGGUCUGCACGGGGGGCUCCUGGGCGUAGGGCCCGUUACCGUCCCCGCCAACUGCCUGCGCCGGGUCCUGCGCGCCCCCGAGCCGGUCCCCGCCUGGAGGGCGCUGAGGCACCCAGCAUGCUGCCUCUCUACAAAGACAAACCCCAAAGCCCUCCUUGCUGCUGUUGUGUCACAAUUCAAAUAUGCCAAUGGGAAAUACGAGAGCUUUUUGGAAAGGACAUUCCCCCGCUUCUAUGUAUUGUAUUCAACUUUUCUGAAAGGAUGUCGGACAUUGUUUUUGGAAGCAAAAGAAAUAAGAAGAAUAAAGUUAAACAUGUCCCUUAAAAAGAUUGAUUUUCAUCAGCUCCCAUACAGAGAGAUGGAAAGACUAAGACAGUUUCGCAGGGACCUGAUCAAGGCCAUUCCUAUUGGGCUUCUCGCCCUUCCACCUUUUGCCAACUACUUGAUCUUUUUGCUGAUGUACUUGUUCCCAAGGCAACUGUUGAUACGCCACUUCUGGACCCCAAAGCAGCAGUCUGAGUUUCUGAACAUUUAUCAUGGUAUGCGGAGAGAGGUGUACCCAGAAAUCAUUGAUGGCUUAGAGCAGGUGACUCGUUUUGUAGCUGAUCAGCAGCUCCGAGACCAGAUGCAAGAACUCUGCACCAAGGUGCAGAGCGGUUCUCAUCCAGAGGUGGCGAAACUCCUGGCCGUGAGAAGCUUGUUUGUAGGACAUCCUCUGGGUCUGCAAAGGCUGCGCGUUUGGCAAGUGAAAGCCUUGAGCCGGAUCCUGUUCCUGACUCCUCACUUGCCGAUCUUGAUCCUGAGAUACCGGCUGCGGAGCCAUAUGUUGGAGCUGCAGCAUCUGGACCGAGCCAUGCUGAAGCUGGGAGUGAGUGAACUGUCUGAAGAAGAAGUGAAAAUGGCUUGUUAUAUCCGUGGCCUGAACUCCACCCACCUCAGCGCAUCCGAAUGCCAAAAAUGGCUGAAGCAAUGGGCAAAGCUUUCCUGUGAACUGCAAGAUGCGGAGGUCUCGCUCCUGGCACACAGUAUGGUCUUACUGUCCACCAACUACCUCGGGGCCAAGGAGUGACGGCACAGGCACCGACGGCAACUGUCAACCUCUUUCUAGUGCUGGUGGUUGCAGCAGGGUAGUUUUUUUUUUUUUUUUUGCUUGCAUUGCAGGACGAGGGCUGGACUUUAGCAAGAAACACCUUGCUUUUUGCCUGCCGACCUAACUCUAAACAGUACAGCAUGAAAGAGUAAAACCCUGCCAGAGUGGAGUGCUGCAAGCACAUUUACCUUAGACACCGUCAAGUCCCUGAGAGCAAGAACCUGCUGUGGCUCCCGUCACUAGGUGGUAGAGUCCAUAGAUUUUGAACGUGUAAGACUGGCCGUUGCUGGGGCUGGGAACGACUCUGCAAUUCUGAGCCACGCAGACUCCAAUGCUCUUCUGUCCUUUUCCAAAAGAGACCAGGCUGGGACACAGCCAGGAGCCUCAAACAGUGGCACUUUAAAUGUAAUCCUGUCCAGUGGAGAGCGCUCGUCUUCCCUGGAUUUGUAAACUUCCCCUGGGAGGCUCCCACUGGUAACUUAGAGCAGUGGGCAUUAUCUAGCUAGGUUCCUUGUUGCUCCAGGACCCCUGAAGAGGCACCAGGCUGGAGCAGCGCUUCGUUGUUUUCCUGUUAAGUUGUUAUAACUUUAUUUACUAUGUUGUUUUAGGAAUAAGGUGAAUUUUACUAGGAGGGGCUGUGGGUGGAGCACCCUAGUUGCCAGGGGCUUUAUAAGUGACCUUGCCCCUUCGGCCAGUGAUAUGCCUUAAUGUUGAGGAUCCAUGUUUUGUUCAGUUAUCUUUAGUUCACAGCAGCACCCUGCUAAUGCUUGAGACUGUUUUUCUCUGCCCUAGCUGGCGGCUAGAAAGAGAUAUAGGUCAAAUAGGAACAGUCACCACUUUCAAACUUGGCCACUCAAUAACUUAGCCUGAUUUUCAGUUUCUGAGCCUCUGCUGAUUUCAGGGGAAGCUGCAGGAGCCCCUCUGAGGCUCAGGCCACUUUGUAUAGAUGCCUCACUCUGAAAAUGCUGGCCUAGAGCCUGCUGCCAAUCCAAAUAAACGGCAAACAGCACUUACCUGUUAAGAACAGUCUCAGCUUCAUUUUGUCAAUGAAGGGAUUUAAGUUCUGCCUAAUCAGUUUUUAGACUUGAACGUUCUGCUCAGUGUGAGGAUUUUGGAGCCAGAAGUUUGGUCAACUGGAGCUCCACCCCUGUGCACCUGAAUAUCUUGUGGCAGAGGCUGCAAGUUGAGUUUAAAGGGAUUUUU